GUUAAAAUUUCUUACAGAUAGAUUUUUUCCAUGAAUUUAUUUUUAAAAAAAUCAGUUUUUUCGUUGUCUAUACUUAAGUUACUUGGAGACGAGGUUUGUCGACCCACCUGGUAUGGCAUUGGACAUGUCAGCGGGUCCUCGCUGUGGACCAUGUCACAUGUGAGGUAGCUGACGAAGGUGGGUGUUCUCUUUCUUCUUUUUGUCUUCUACGGCGCCACGAAGACCCCAACACUCGCCACGUUUCCCCGACCUUCCCUGCGCGUCCGCCACCAGCCAUACAUGGACGACCGCCCAACGGCCCCUUCACCGCUCCUACCUAGCUCUCUUUCUCGCCUUCUUCUUCUUCUUCUACCGUUUCAUCCUCGCCACCGCUCUCCCGGGUGCCUACAAGUCCUUCUCAGUCGCCGACGAGGAUGUGGGCGCGGCCGCCGUAUGCGAAGGGCGGUGGGGGCGUGGAGGCCGGCAUCCGGGCGCUCUACCCCGUGAUGCUGGAGCCGCCAGAGCUGCGAUGGUCGUUCAUCAGGAAGAUCUACUCCAUCCUUUCCGCCCAGAUGCUCAUCACCGUCGCCGUCGCCGCUGCCGUCGUCUCCAUCCAUCCUGUCUCCCACUUCUUCGUCUCUUCCAGCGCCGGCCUCGGCCUCUACGUCUUCCUCAUCAUCCUUCCAUUCUUCGUGAUAUGCCCUUUGUAUUACUACUACCAGCACUACCCACUCAAUUAUCUUCUCCUCGGCAUCUUCACUGUGUCACUCGGCUUCGCUGUUGGAUUGACAUGUGCCUUUACAAGCGGUUGGAUUGACAUCUUCACUAUGUUUCUGUUUCCAAGAUCGAAAACUAUGCUGUCUAGGUCAUGGAGUAGUCUUGGUGUGGAGAAGAUGGAUGCAUGCAGUUCUAUCGAGCAACCUUAUAUGCUUCUUACGUUUGUGUGCAGGGAAGGUUAUUCUCGAAUCUGUCGUCCUCACGGCGCUGGUCGUCGUGAGUCUCACGAUCUACACCUUCUGGGCUGCGGCGAGGGCCUACGACUUCACCUUCCUCGGCCCUUUCUUGUUCUCUUCCAUCAUGAUACUCUUCGUGUUCGGUCUCAUCCAGGUGUUGUUUCCUGUGGGAAGGAUCUCCGCCAUGAUCUACGGCGGGUUGGCCGCCAUCAUCUUCUGUGGCUUCAUCGUCUACGAUACCGAUAACCUGAUAAAGCGGUACUCCUACGACGACUAUAUUUGGGCUGCAGUAGCUCUCUAUCUCGACAUCAUCAACCUCUUCCUCUCUUUGCUCACUCUCUUCA